AACAAAGCAAAUGAUUUUGAGGUGUGAAAUUGUCUCUGAAAGCAGGAGCAGAACCUCCCCUGCUACAUUAUCUGCAAAACACAGGAAGCCAAUGCAAGGUACACAAAAUAGCAGGGCAGAAUAUACACCGCUUUACUUGAAUAUACCGCUAGCUUAGCUACACUGAUAAAUAACUAUUUUGUUCUUCCAAUGGAGGCUGGAAGACACUUUCUUUCUUCAUCUUCAGCCUUUCCUUCAACAACCCACCUCAGGCAUCCUCUUCCUUCUUCUUCUCCCUCUACUUCAGUUUUGAUGCUUCAUGAGCAAGCAGUUCCUGCAGUUACUUCUGUGCCGAUUACAUCUGUAGCUCGACAUUUUCCUACCUCGGUUCUUUUACAAGAGCAGCGUGAUGAGUUCAAGCCUCUAUUGCAUGUACUGAAAGAAGAUAAAACAUCUGAGGCUACAUUAGAUAGGAUGCAGAUAGAGACUGGGGCCUCUGUCCAUGAAGAUUUAGACAUUGAUGACUUUUACCCGUUGGUGAACGGCUCUAAGCCCCAAUUGCUUAACCCUGAUAUUUUAGAUGUAUUUUCAUCCUUACAAACAGGAGCAAAGCCAUCCACACCUUUGACUCUGGAGUCUUUGACCACUGCUUCCAAUAAGCAUAUGGAUGUCGAACCAUGUAAUGUAGUUGCCCUGGCUAAGAAAGCUUUGUCAGCCUCCAGAGAAGCAGCCUCAUUAGCUGAAGACUCCCAAUCAAUGGGAGCUGAUUUUGACGAGUCUCUUUCUCUGGGUUUGGGGUAUACAAGUUUGGCCAACUGGAUAGUUGAGGAGGAGACAACUGUAAGGUCAACCCGGAUUCUAGAGAGGCGGCGCAAGCGAAUUAAGACAAGGAAGGUGCCUAAGUCAAAAGUUAUAGGUCAUGAGUCAAACAGUUUUACAAGUUCAGAUGUGCGGAAAAAGAUAAGUGAAGGAUUUAAUCCAAAUGAUCCCCUGCGGUUGUUCUUGUGGGGUCCUGAAACAAGACAACUUUUGACUGCUAAAGAGGAGGCAGAAUUGAUUGCCCGAGUUCAGGAUUUAUUUAAGUUAGAAGAAGUGAAGACUAGACUUCAAACACAGUUUGGCCGUGAACCAACUUUGAUUGAAUGGGCUGAAGCUGUUGGAAUUAGUUGUCAGAUCUUGAAAUCACAGCUUCGCUCUGGUACCAGCAGCCGUGAAAAGCUGAUUUAUGCUAACUUACGUAUGGUGGUUCACAUUGCUAAACAAUAUCAAGGGAGAGGUCUUGGCCUCCAGGACUUAAUGCAGGAGGGAAGUAUGGGUCUCAUGAAGAGUGUUGAGAAGUUCAAGCCCCAAGCUGGUUGCCGAUUUGCUACUUAUGCAUACUGGUGGAUAAGGCAAACAGUUAGGAAGGCCAUAUUUCAACAUUCCAGGACCAUCCGCUUGCCGGAGAAUGUGUACAGCCUUCUUGGCAAAGUAUUGGAGGCAAAGAAAUCAUGUAUUCAGGAAGGAAAUCACAACCCAAGCAAAGAAGAAUUAGCGAGACGGGUUGGUAUUACAGUUGAAAAGUUGGAAAAGUUGCUAUAUGCUACAAGAAUGCCACUUUCAAUGCAACAACCAGUCUGGGCUGACCAAGAUACUACCUUUCAGGAGGUAACUGCUGACACUGGGGUUGAGAUCCCAGAUGUGAGUGUAGCAAAGCAGCUGAUGAGGCAACAUGUGCGCCACCUCCUAAGCAUCCUCAAUUUAAGAGAGAGACAGAUAAUCAGGCUAAGGUAUGGCAUUGAAGAUGGCAAGCAGAGAUCACUAUCAGAGAUUGGUGGCAUGUUUGGAUUGUCCAAGGAGCGGGUGCGGCAGCUGGAGAGCCGAGCAUUCUUGAAGCUCAGGCAGUCUCUUGGAAGCCAAGGGCUUGGGGCUUAUGGUCCUUUACUUGUUUAGAAAUGCAGCACGAGGCUAUGGUAUCUACUCCGUUGGUUCGAUUUCUGGUAUCUUUUAAGGAAAUCUGGAGUUCAGCUGUUGAGCUCCCAGCUUUUGGAGCUUAAUGUACAGCAAGCUGAGGCUUGGAAUAUAGAGACGAACAACUUAGGCUUAAGGGUAAAAAAAUUUGGAGCUUAGCGGAGGCUAGGUUUCAAUGCUCCAAAGUUGUAAUAUUGGCUUUCUUUGCUUUACUGUAGAAGAGUUGAAACUCUAUACUGUAAGUUAUUGUAUAUUUCUCACAUUUUUAUUCAAAGCUAGCACUCCUAAUUGUGGGGUGGGCGCUUCUUGUGUCAUUCGGCAGAAGCCAA